AUGAGAAAUCUCGUUUUUGCUAUUCUUUUGUUGGGUGUCGUCGAUGCACAGUCAUGCAAUCAGAAUUCCCUGAAAAUCCUCGCCAACUGCUACUCGAAUUUCGUCGCAUAUUAUGGCUUUGAUAUGAAAACCACAAAUAAACUGCCAGCCUAUUGGGAUAUGCACAAUGUUCGACAGAAAAUGCUUCUCGAUCAAGGCUUGACGGUUCAACCGAAAAUUUGCGACGUUGCUACUUCAUUGUAUGAUUGCUCGAGCAAAGUGAGAUACGGUGCCGAAUGUUUGACACAAUUGGGAGCGAACACAUCGGAUGCCCAAGAUUGGAUGACCGAUCGAGCUGUCGGAGAGUACCAAUGCACAACCGGAUAUGCUACACUCAUAGCCGAUUUCACUUGUAUCGGAACAGCUCGCGACACUUAUGCUGUUCAAUUGCAAAACUGCAGCGAUCAAUUGGACAUCGCUCUCAAGAACAACCCGAUCAACGCCUGCAAAGACUUGAACGAUUUCCUGGGAUGCCAACCACCGUACUAUGCAUCGGCUUGUGACUUCAACGCCGGCGUUUUCAUGUGUGGAGUGACAAGAGCCGGAAUUAACGCUGGAUCGGAUUUGUGCGACAAAUUGGGUCUUCUCGACCAGUGCGCACCAUACAAA